AUGUGUGGCAGAAAUUCAGGCAGGGAGGUUCUUGGAGGAGGCUUUGGUAGAAGUGCCUUUGGUGAACAAGGGGCUGGACAGGGUUUUGGGCAGGCUGGUGUUGGCAGAGGCAUCGAGGCAGUCCGUGUCAACACCAACCUGCUGAGGCCAAUACAAGUACAAGUUGAUCCCGAGUUCCAGAGAGUGCGGUCAGAUGAGAAAGAGCAGAUCAAGGCUCUCAACAACAAAUUUGCAUCAUUCAUCAAUAAGGUUCAAUGUCUUGAGCGGCAGAACCAGGCUCUGCUGGCCAAAUGGGAACUUCUGCAGCAGCAAAGUGCCCGACCGGAGGAGAGCAGAAAUAUCACCUCUUUCUUCCAAUCUUACAUCAGCAACCUGCAGAGGCAGCUAGAAAUGCUCCAGAGCCAGAAGGAGCAGCUGGAUCCAGAAGCUUAUAAUAUGCUUCUGCUUGUUGAAGAUUAUAAAAAGAGAUUUGAGGAUGAGAUCAACAAGCGUGCAUCUAAAGAAGAGGAGUUUGUGGAGCUUAAAAAGGAACUGGACAGUGCCUACAUGGGAAAAAUGGAGUUUGAUGUUCGGGUGGAAAUACUGAAGCAGGAUCUUGAGUUCCUCAGAUGCUUACAUGAAGCUGAGCUGUCCCAGCUUCAAACAGUAGUUGGCAACACCAAUGUCGUUCUGUCCAUGGACAACCAUAGAGAACUGAACAUGGAUGGCAUCAUUGAAGAAGUCAGGCAGGAGUAUGAGACAAUUGCUCAGAGAAGCAAAGCUGAAGUAGAUGCCAUGUAUCAGGGCAGGUACCAGGACCUUCAGAACAUGUGGGUAAAUCAACGUGAGCAAGUGAGGAACAGUUAUCAGGAAAUCCAGGAACUUAUCAGGCAGAUCCAAAGACUACAACAAGAAAUUGAAAUUGCAAGGAGAAAGAAUAACAGCCUCCAAGAAACCAUUAAAGAUGCUGAGCAGCGUGGGAGCUCUGCCAUCACAGAUGGCCAGCAAAAGCUUCAGGAUUUGGAAAAUGCCCUGCAGCAGGCCAAAGAUGAUCUCACUCGCCUUCUUCAUGAUUAUCAGGAGCUCCUGAACGUGAAAUUGGCCCUGGAUAUUGAAAUUGCCAUGUAUAGAUCACUUCUUGAGGAGGAGGAGACCAGGAGCUGCAAAAGUGAAGGUAUUUGUGAGGUGCACGUCAGUGAAAGCCUGCUGCAGCCUCUUGAUGUGAAGGUCGACCCUGAAAUCCAGCACAUCCGAAAGCAGGACAGAGAGCAGAUGAAGAUCCUCAAUAACCAGUUUGCCUCUUUGAUUGACAAGGUACAGCAUCUGGAGCAGCAGAACAGGGUGCUGGCCACCAAAUGGGACCUAUUGCAAAAGCAGGUGCUGCCAUCCCAGAAGAACACCAAGCACGUCUUCGACAACUUCAUUUGCAGCCUGCAGAGGUGGCUGGACUCGCUGCUGCGUGAGCAGGGGCAGAUGGAACCUGAGCUGAACGACACAGAGAAGCUCGUUGAAGAGUUCAGGUGCAAAUACAAGCAGGAAGUAAGCAGACGCACGGCUGCUGAGAACGAGUUUGUGUUAUUGAAGAAGGAUGUGGACUGUGUCUAUCUGGCCAAGGCAGAGCUGGAAGCAAAGGUGGAAACCCUAAAGCAGGAGAUAGAGUUCCUGAAAUGUGUUUCUGCUCAGGAAAUCGCUGAGCUGGUGAGAAGUCCCUGUGACACCUCUGCCAUUGUGAAAAUGGACAACAGCCGAGGCCUGGACACGGAGGGCAUCCUCAGGAGUGCUGAGUGUUGGUAUGAGGACAUAGCUCAGAAAAGCAAAGCAGUGUUGGAUGCGCUGUGCAGAACUAGGUUCCGAGAGCUGGAGGAGGCAAAGGGGAGAGAUUGCAAUGAAAUGAAGUCCCGCCAGCAAGAGAUUGAAGAGCUGAGUUUUGUGAUCCAGAGAAGGCAGUGUGACCUUGAAAAUGUGAAGAAGGAGGUGUCCUCUCUGCAAACAUCAGUUUGUGAGACUGAGCAUUGCAGGGACUGUGCCCUCAAACACAUCCAGGAGAAGCACGUUGAGCUGCAGGAUGCCCUCCAGAAGGCCAAGGAUGAGCUGGCUUGCAUGCUGCGGGAUUACCAGGAGCUGCUGAAUGUCAAUCUGGCCCUGGAUAUCGAGAUUGCAACAUAUAAGACUCUACUGGAGGGUGACGAGAGCAGGAUACGCCUUGGGAGCCCUGUGAGAGUGUGUAAGUAA